AGGAAUCAAAACGCAGACACAAGGCUCCGUCUCCGAUUAUUCCACGAAACACCGCGUUUUUUUUUUUUGUUUACAUUUCUUCUCUUUCUCUCUCCUCGCCGUCAGGUUCUGCCCAAUUUCUCGGUCUUCUUCACUCCCGCGAGUUUUCUCGGGAAAAAAUUCCAGUUCCAAGCUCCAUUGAAGCGGUUCUAGUCAAAGUAAGAGGUGCGAUUUUUAUUCUCUUUGUUCUGACUUGGAGCUUUGUGAGUAGCGUAUGGAUUUAGCUAGUUAUGGAUAGAAUUAUAGCUCGUAUGAAGAAAUCAUCGGGACGAAGAGCAGAUAAGACUACUCCGGUACGGCGGUUAGAGCGGCGUGAUGCGGCGAGGCAUAUCAAUUAUGAUGCUGCGUCUUGUUCUAGUUCGUCAGCUGAAGAUCUUUCAGUUUCGACUUCUUCGUUGAUGACUCGUUCUCUUGAGUUCCCGGAUCGUACUAGUUUCCGAAUCGGAGGAGGUGAGGGAGAAAUGGAUCGGAUUUAUCGUUCUCUUGGUGUUUCUGGUCCUGAUGAUUUGGCGAUUUCUUUUGAUGCUUGGGAGGCUUGUAAGAAGCGUUCUUCUUCAGAUGUUCUUAAUAGGUUUAAGUCUUUUGAGCUUGAUAGUCACAUGAUUCAACCUCCGGAUUGGAGUGAAGCUGGUCCUAGUGGUGUUGUUGUUGCUUCUUCUAAUUCAACGAAUCGGGACAUUACUAAAUUGACUCGUUCCGAGUCUAGGGAUAUUGGGAAUUUUACUGAGUUUAUGCCUUCCGAGUCUAGUGAGAUUGGCAACUUAAGCACUCCAGUGGAUAAGGAAGUUGUUGAUGGUGGUACCGUAGAGAACAGGCGUGGUAUAGAACGAAAACCUACUAUUUUGGUGAAGUCGAAAGGGUAUCUUGUUCCCAAUGAUGUGGUGCCUGUCGGUGGUGGUAUAAAAGGGGUAAGACCACCAGUACUUAAGCCUCCUCCAUCCAUGAAACGACCUCCUAUUGAUCUUCACGGCUCAUCUUGGGAUUUCCUUACGCAAUUUGCUCCAGCUGAAACAGUGACGCGACCGAGUACUUCUUCUUCUUCUUCCGAAAAUGGAUGUGUUGAAGAGGAAACUAGGGAAGAGGAAUUGGAAACGGAAGAGAAGGGAGCUAUGUUGGGAGAUACGGCGGAUGAGGCAUGCUCAUUCACUACAAACGAGUGUGACACCUCUAGUACAGUAUCAAAUACUUCGCCGAUUUAUGCCUCUGGAGGAUCUAUCAUCACUUCUUGGCAAAAGGGUCAACUUCUGGGACGAGGAUCAUUUGGCUCUGUGUAUGAAGGCAUUUCAGGAGAUGGGGACUUCUUUGCCGUCAAGGAAGUUUCACUACUUGAUCAGGGAAGUCAGGCAAAAGAGUGCAUACAACAACUUGAGGGGGAGAUUGGGCUUCUCAGUCAGCUACAGCAUCAAAAUAUUGUACGAUAUCGUGGCACAGCCAAGGACGGGUCGAAUUUGUACAUCUUUCUUGAGCUUGUAACCCAAGGGUCCCUUCUAAAACUUUACCAAAGAUACCAGUUACGGUACUCUGUAGUCUCCUUGUACACCAGACAAAUUCUUGACGGUUUGAAAUAUCUACACGAUAAAGGUUUUAUUCACAGGGACAUCAAAUGUGCAAAUAUAUUGGUGGACGCUAAUGGCGCCGUCAAACUUGCAGAUUUUGGAUUGGCAAAGGUGUCAAAGUUAAACGACAUUAAGUCCUGCAAGGGAACUCCAUUUUGGAUGGCUCCAGAGGUUAUUAACCUCAAGCGUAAUGAUGGGUAUGGAAGUCCAGCUGAUAUAUGGAGCCUUGGAUGCACUGUGUUGGAAAUGUUGACUGGUCAGAUCCCUUACUCCGAUCUAGAACCCGUUCAAGCACUGUUUAGGAUCGGAAGGGGUACGCUUCCAGAAAUACCUGAUACUCUAUCACAAGACGCUCGCCAUUUCAUAAUUAAGUGUCUCAAAGUGAACCCGGAUGAGCGACCAACAGCAGCUGAACUGCUGAACCAUCCAUUUGUGAGAAGGCCCUUACCAUCGUUGGGCUCGGGAGGCUCAGGAUCAGGGUCUCCGCUUGUCCGUAGAUGAGUCUAAUUUUAGUAGAUUGCCUCAAUAGGGGUAACCAGAAGAUUUAUGAGAGAUUAGACCCCAUAGAAAAACUAUCGGGGAGACUCGAGAUAUGAUUCUUCGACACACUUGCGGUUUGGGUUGCACAGCAAGAGCUACAACACUUCCUGGAGACAUAUCUUCAGGUAGUGUCUGUCUCAUUCGUUGGUUAUUAUUUGUUGUGUGUUGGGCUUAUUUUUAAUACUGAAGAGCCUGAGUUGAAUUAUUGUUUUGGGUGUAUAGGUUGUUUAGUUAUAGUGUAUCCCAUAUCAUGUAAUGUAAUGUAUAAUUAUAGUAGUUGGUUCUCUUAUAUAGUGUUGUAAUUGUGUACAAAUCACGAGUUCUGAUGGGUUUUUAUUUUGUUCU